AUGUGUAAUACGCAUAUACCUGACGGCCUGUCACCCAGGGACCUGGCAUAUGUACAAGAUGACUGGUAUCCCUCAGGAUCUCAGACAGUACGCGGCCUUGACCUGUACUUCGUCCACGUGUCACAUUUCGUCCCAUUUCUUCACCAGCCGACCUUCGAUGCUACUCAAACCGCCCCUUACUUGGUGCUCAGCAUGCUGUGCCUGGCCUAUCAGCACGGCGAGGACCCCGACCGCGGUGACCAGGCGGGCUCAGGCAGCAGCAUAUCAUUACGUUGCUUUCACAGGGCUCGGGUGCUGCUUGCGACGCAAGAAGAGAGCGACGACGACUUCACACACAACCUCGCACUGGUGCAGGCAAAUCUGCUGCUCGAGAUCUGCGCCAUCAUGUACCUCUGCGGGAAGGACUCGGCGUACGGCCUCAAAAUGCACUCGAGGAUAAUAUCUCUCGCGCGCUUCAGCGGACUGACGCAACCGACACCACCCGAGGUUGCAGCGACCAAGGACCUGGAGGCAUUAUGGGGGGAAUUCAUCAAGGCAGAGUCACAUAAACGGACACUGUUCGCCGUCCAUCAGAUAGACGCGCUCCUGUACCAGUUCCUCUCCAUCCCCCGCUCGCUCUCGCACCUCGAGAUCAAGCACGAGCUCCCCUGCCCGGAGGCCUGCUGGGCCGCCCGGUCCGCCGCAGACUGGGCGUACCAGCAGCUGGUGACGAGGCAGUCCGCGCCGCCGGUGCAGUACGCCGAGGCGGUGCGACGGAUCCUCUCGCCCGACCCGGACCUCGAGUCGCUCCCGGCGUUCGACCCCUACGGGGCCAUUAAUAUCGCGCAGUUCCUGCUCUCCAGCGCCCGCGAGGUGUCGGGCUGGUCCACCAUGACGGGCCGCCUGAGCCUGGAGAGGCUGGAGCCCCUGAGGUCCUCGCUGGUCGCACUGGGCCCUUGCAUCCGGCCGCAGACUGGGACGGCCGCCGCCGGUGCCAGCAGCAGCAACGGGUCGUCGCCACUCGCCGCGUCGCGGGAGGCGACGUGGGAGAUGGCCAUGAUCGAGCUGCAGAUCUGGUCGCCAUCACACACCUGCGGUAUCGUAGGCGGGAGCGUGGACGCGGUCCUGAAGGAAUCGACGUACCUAGCAUCAUCCAGCGAGAUCCUCUUCGGCGCCGAGACCGCCCACGCCACGCAGCCGCACAUAGACUGGUUCCUGCGAUACCUCGACACGACGCUGGCGCCCGAGUCGGAGCCGCCGUGGGUCGCCCUGUACGCGUUCAAGGCGUUCCUGAUCGCGUGGCAGCUCGUGCGCAAGGGGGUCUCGGGCGCGAUGCAGGCCGUCGGCGUGCUCGACGGCGAUGCUACGGGGGCUAUCGAGUGGGCGAAGGGGGCGUUCCGCCGCAGGGAGCGGUGGCGGCUCGGGAAGUUGAUCUUGGCUUGUUUGGAGGUGUUGGAAUAG